GUAUUUUCUGGCCGAAGAAAACCCAAGUGCUAUUAUCAGAAACAUUCUCCACAAACGGACAUAGACAAGCUUCUUAGGCGCACUUCUUUACUUAGCACAAGUGUAAAAUUGCCUACGAGCUAAGAGGAUGUUUGACAUCCGUCAUCUCCGCGCAACCGCUUGCCUUGCGGUGGGAUGCGGGGUGGGCUGAGGUAGACGGUCAUAUAUGAGAUGGAGACCCUCCAGCACGGCGGGCUUUGAGCCUCAUACUCUUUACGGAUAUUGUUAUCCACUAGCGGAGCCUGUUACUGCUGAACUUUGGAGAAGAUCUUGUCUACAGAAUUAGAUCGUGGUGCUCGGAGGUUUGCCAUGUGUUCUUCACCAUUAUAGGAACCCCGUCCUCGUAACAUCCCUAUCCCUCCGCCUGCCCUAGAUUUCCUCGACCACGAACCGUCAUAUCCGCCAAAAUGGUCUCUUCAGUCCUGAACCUUGGUGUGCUACUUCUGUUGCUUGGUUUUGUCAACUCUCUUCAAGUUACACCAGGGUCACCGUGCGCUGCAGUGUGCUUAGACCAUCAGGAUGGCAAUACACAAAAUCCGGCAGCAUCGUCAACGAACUCGUCAGAUAUCACUUGUCUCGAUAGCGAUUAUGGGUCUUCGUCAACUGGUAUCAAAUUCAAAAACUGCCUUAGCUGCCUAAAGGACAGCAAGGCCGUUAGUGGCUCUGAGAAUGACGUCUCUUGGUUUCUAUACAACUUGCGAUAUGCCGUCGAUGUAUGCGUUUUUGGUUCUCCAAAUGCCCCAAAGGCCAUCUCGUCCCCGUGCGAUAUUGAUUAUGGGUGCGCUCCUCUGGCCCAAUCGCUCAAAUAUGGCAUAUCAAACCCGAACAAUGCGUCGGAAUUCGGAUAUUGCACGGCGGGGAAUGGCGCUUUCAAGAACGAAUCUGUUGAGGCAUGCUACCAAUGCUUUCAAGCAAGCGAUAACCAAGCUUACUUAGCUAACUUUCUUAUUGCUCUGCAAGCUGGCUGCGAACAGACUCCUGCACCGGGCAGCUUAAUUGGGCUCUCGGGAACAUUGUUCUCUGAUACUCCGAUCAAAAUCACCGCACCGCCUACCGAUGACGAUGACGAUGACACUGACACGUCGAAGGCCGAUAACUCGAAUCCGACAUCAAUGACCACUGGUGCUAUAGUGGGCAUCGCUGUUGGAGGCGCGCUUCUAUUUCUAGGUGGGCUAGGACUUUUCGUAGUUCACAAUCGUCGCGAAAAGAGGGCCCGGGAGCGUGACGCCAUGAGUUCGGACUACGAUCCUCGAGGAGGAAGUGGCUCCAUCUCAGCACCGAGUAAAGGAGCUUUUGCAUCCUAUGAUAGCAAGCCCCCGGUAUCAAUGAUAAGCGACUACGAGCUUAAGGCCCAAAGGGCAUAUACAAACAACGCCAAGUACUACGACGUCCUUGAAAAAGAGAUGAUGGCGCGGCGAGCAAACUAUAACUUGGAUCCACGACAACUUCCUACUCACCCUGCCUACAUUCCCGGAAAUACGAGUCGGGGUCCUUCUAGAACAGCUUCCCCAGCGCCUCCUGCAGCUGUGAAAUAUCACGCACCAGACUCCUACGUCAUGCAGCAAUAUCUAAACGCGGUCGAAGACGUUAUUUCGAUACAUCUCCCACCACCACCACCAUCGUCGCACCCCCCAUCUCGAACUUCUAACCGGUCGCCCUCCCCAGCCGAUUCCGCAACGACGAGGCUCUUGAAAAACCCCCAACCCGUGGCUCAACCCCCUCCUCCUCCCCCAGCUCGCCACAAUAAGGUUCCGUCGCUGUCUAUGCCCACGGUACCACAUAUCAGGGUACCAAAGAAGUACUCCCCGCCGGUGAUAUCGAUACAGGGCGCGACGCCAGUCAACACACAAGAGAAGCAAUUUGGCGGUGAUGCGCAGAUAUCGAAGCCGUUGACAAUCCACGAGCGGCGGUUUCAGGAUCGCGGGCUGUACAUUACGUCCAACACGGAUAUCCUUGAGCAGCAAGUCGCACCGCCACCACGACUAGGAGAGGAUCUGAACGUAAGGACGGGAAAUAGCUCUUUCUACGGUUAAGCCCGUCUCGUGUAUGAUUUAUGUAUGCGUGUAUACAUCUGCAUAGAUACCCGAGGGACUUUUGGUAAUAUUAGGGAUGGCGUUCUGGAUGCUUCGCUUGGGGCGAGGUAUUAGGAAAGUGGAAUGGCAUUGCAAUGAAUGGGAAACGAACGGGAGACGAUGCACAUAAUUACAUGGCGUAUACAGAAGCCAUCUUACAGUUACUAGACGUAACAAGCGUCCAUCGCGUUGGUAAUCGGACCUCAGAUAGCGUGGAAUAUCGUACAUAGACAAGUCACAUAUUAU